UCUCUAGUGCGGAAGUCGUACGAGUAAUGUGUUUCUUUUAGCUGUCAGUGUUCUUAACCGUUUCUGAAAUUCACUAAGCUGCUCAAUGAAUCCUACGGAAAAGAUUUCUAGAUGACCAUUUCUGCUUCUGAUUUACGUAAAAUGAGUGAUGAAGUACCAUGUGAUACAGUGGGAAGAAGGAUUUUAUGUGCUGGGGAGAGGGGAACAGUUCGCUUUGUUGGUUAUGUACCUCCAGCAUCAGGACUUUGGCUUGGUGUAGAGUGGGAUAAUGCAGAACGAGGCAAGCAUGAUGGGAGUCAUGAAGGCAUUCGCUAUUUUAACAGCAGUCAUCCAACAGGUUCUUCUUUUAUUCGACCCAAAAAAGCCAGCUUUGGGGUUGAUUUCCUAACAGCUGUGAAAAAGCGCUAUGAAAUUCAAGAGGCCUCUGAAGUUACUGAAGAAAUGAAGAUAAGCAAUACAUCCGUGGAGCUCGUGAAUGGAGCUGAAAGACAGUUAUACAAUCUUACGGAAGUUUCAUUGAGAGGAUAUGAAGUAAGCAGUGGUGGGAAAGUCAAUGAUAUACAGCAGACGGUGCCAAAUGUAAUAUUGCUGGAUUUGUCUGAAAAUUUGUUGGCUUCAUGGAGAAAUGUUGCCGACAUAACAUGUCAGCUCGAAAAACUGAAAGUGCUUAUUAUCAGUCAGAACAAACUGGCCAUUCCUGAGAAUCCCUCUUCACUUGCUCAAGCUUUUGCCAAUUUGAGAGAAAUGGCACUUAGCAAAGCUUCAAUUACUUGGUCCAAUGUUUUACAGUGCGCACCCAUGUGGCCUGUCCUUGAAGAGUUGUAUCUCUCGGAUAACGAAAUCUGUACUUUACAAAAACCCAUAAAUGUUUUGCAGUCCCUGAAGCUGCUUGAUCUUGGUAACAACCGCUUGUCAGAUGGGGGUGACCUUUUGGAAAUUGCAUUUCUUCCCAGAUUGGAAAAACUAAUACUGUCAAACAACCAGCUCUCCAGUGUGUGUUUUAGUGAUGCCCAGCCAGGCUGCAAAUCAGCAAUGUUUUCAUCUAUGAAGUUUUUAGCUGUUGAUAAAAAUCACAUUUCCCAGUGGUCAUUUGUGAAUGAACUGGAAAAGUUACAGAGCUUGCAGCAGCUGUCAUGCUUAUACAAUCCCCUGAUGACGAGUGAGAAGAGCACCGAGACCAUCAGGCAGCUUAUCAUUGCAAAAAUAGGUCAACUGCGGUUUUUAAACAAAUCCGAGGUUUUGCCAGAUGAGAGAAAAGGUGCAGAGCUGGAUUAUCGUAAAUUGUUUGGCAAGGAGUGGCUAGAAGCUGGAGGUCACUGGGAUGAGGACAAGAAUCACCCCAAUGAGUCUUUCAUUGCGCAGCAUCCCCGGUUCCAACUUCUCAUUAAAAAGUUUGGUCCACCUGAAGAAGGUGAGCUUAAACAACAACAACCAUUUGCACUGAAGAAUCAACUUCUGACUCUUACUUUCAGGUUUCCAGGACGGCCAAAUGCACCUAUUGAGAAGAAGCUACCAAAUUCCAUGACUGUUCAGAAAGUGAAGGGGCUGCUUUCUCGUCUGUUAAAGGUUCCUGCUACUGAGCUAAGCCUGACUUACACAAGGGCAAAGAUAGAAGACAAAGAGGUAGACUUGGAUAACGAUUUGAGAUCCCUGAAGUUCUUCUGCAUUGAAGACAGUGACACUGUGCUUGUGCGGUGGUCCUGACUCCCAACUGAAGUCUGUGUGCCUGCGACGGUGAAUAUGAAGCUGUCACUUGAGGCAUCAGCAUGGUGGGCCCUGGUCUGUGUGCACCGUCUCACAUGAGCAACUCUUUUAUACAAGUCCAUGAUGAUUCAGUGGUGUAUAUCAGGUUUAUGCAGGAAAAUCAGUGACACUAGUAGUGGCUUAAUUGUGUAAGACAUAAACUGUCACAGUAGAUACAUUUAUGUGCAUGAAUAUGUACUGGAAAUUCAUGAAUUAAAAAAAGUGUAAAGUAAAAUUUAACCUUA